ACGAUACUGUAGAAAUUACUAUUUCAGGGUAAAGUCAAAUGAAAUAUCAAAACGAUUUUCUUAAGUCAUUAUGACAGGUAUCUUUUGUGUUCUAUUUACUUUAGAAAUGCUAAGGUUUUCUUUUAGCUAAAAAAUGAUUGUUAAUUGUAGUGAGAAGCAUGUGAGUUACAUUGUACAUCUUGAAUUUCUCACCAAUUAUUAACAUCAGUUAUUUGACUAUCACAUUGAUAAGUCUGAUCAUCCAACUUCUAGUUAUUAUAUUAGCUAAUAAUUAUCAAACUUGAAAUAGAAAACGUUAGACUAAACAUUAGAACAACAAUUUGAGAGUUCAUGCAUCUUUGAUGCCAAUAAAAUAUCGAAACAGUAACGAUAAACAUGUGACCAUGUAAAUAGAACUUUAAUUAUUGUAGAUCGUGAUUAAGAAUGGAAGUAUUAGAUGAUUCAAUCGAUUUAUUUAAAAAAUACAAACUGAAAUGUCGUCCAGUACAAACAGAAGAUCGUGUGAAAAAUGAGCAGUCAGUUGAACUUCAAAAUAAUUACAACAGAGAAGAUGAAAUUGUUGAACGUAUUAAUCAUCGUUCAAACGUUUAUGACAACAGUGAUGAUUUUUAUUUACAAUUUCAAAUAACAAAUGUAAACGACAUUCUUGAUGAUACUACUAAAGUCGAACAAUCGUCAAAUUCAUGUAAGGAAAUGCAUAGAGUACAAUUAUUCGAUCAUAAAGACAUACUGUUGUUAUUAGACGACAAUAACUCACUUCAUUCAUUCUUAAGAGAGAGACAUCGAAGUGAUGAGAAGAAGGGAUUAUCCAAAAUUGGAUAUAAGUGA